UUUUGCAGCUUACAAUACUGCAUGGCAUGAGGGACUAUGUUUAUUCACACUCAGAUUUGUUUGCUAUGAUGGGAGGGUGAAUGCUCCUGAAAGCUAUGUUUUAGUAAAUCAGUACAUGACCUGGACUGAAGCUCAGAGAUACUGCAGAGAGCAUCACACAGACCUGGUCAGUGUGAGGAAUGAAGCUGAGAAUCAGAAGUUAAGAUCAUUAUAUAAUGAUUUUGAUUAUUCUGAUGUCUGGAUCGGCCUGUACAGAACCAGGUCCUGGUCAGACAACAGCAGCUCUUCUUUCAGCUUCUGGAAAACAGGUCAACCAGAUAAUGCUGGAGUGAGUGAAUACUGUACAGCUGUCUCAUUCAGUGACUCUGGGAAGUGGACAGAUGAAAACUGUGGACAGGCUUUUCCAUUCAUUUGCUACAACUUGACGGAGUCUGCAUUCUCUCGUCAGUAUCACUUUGUUUAUGAGAGUAAAAGCUGGACUGAAGCUCAGAGAUUCUGCAGAGAGAACUACACUGAUCUGGCCACCAUUGAGAACAUGGAGGAGAUGAACAGCCUCAUCACUACAUGGAACGACUCAGUAAAUGGAAGUUACGUUGGUUUGGCCUGGAUUGGACUGUAUGAUGAUCUGAACAGCUGGAGAUGGUCUUAUGAUAAUGAGAGUUUCUAUAAGGAGGGGGAGAGAGAUUUCAGAGGGUGGUAUCACGUACCCAACAACUGGAAUGGAAAGGAUAUGUGUGCUUUUAUUGGAGCAGAUGGACCGUGGUUCAAUCAAAAUUGUCAAUCGUAUUUACCAUUCGUCUGUUAUGAUGGACGAAAUGGAAACAAUGACUACAUCUGGAUUAAUCAGCACAUGUCUUGGGAAGAAGCUCAACGUUACUGCAGAGAGUAUUACACAGACCUGGCCAGUGUGAGAAAUUGGACAGAUAAUCAGAGAAUUCUCAGUGUUAUUGGUGGAUUUAGUACUUGGAUUGGUCUGUACAGGAGCAGGCUGUGGUCAGACCAGCAUGAUUUGACAUAUGAGAAUUGGAGACCAGAAAUGAUGUACUCACCUCAACAACCAGACAAUGGAUUAGAUAUUCCUGGAGAGUACGGUAAUCAGCACUGUACUGUGGUAUCUUUUAGUUCUUCAGGCCAGUGGACAGACGAGAACUGCUUAGCCAAACUUCCUUUUAUCUGCUACACAAGGUUUUGGUCAUGGUCUCCAUAUGUGUCCCAUCAGUAUCACUUUGUUGAUGAGAAUAAAAGCUGGACUGAAGCUCAGAGAUACUGCAGAGAGGUCUACACUGACCUGGCAACCAUCGAUAACAUGGAGGAGAUGAACAGCCUCAUGAACACAGCAAAGGGCAGAUACUUUGGUUUAGCCUGGAUUGGACUGUAUGAUGAUCUGAGGAGCUGGAGAUGGUCUCAGGGUGAUGAUGCUCUUUACAAGGAAACCGAAAGAAGCUUCAAAAACUGGAACAUACAAAAACCUAUGAACUGGGGUGGAAACAGUCUCUGCACCUAUGUCGAUUAUGUCUCAUGGCAUGAGCUUCCAUGUUCCUCUAUGUUGAAGGUUGUUUGCUAUGAUGAGAGGCUAGAUGUUGGUGAAAGAUUUGUUCUAGUUUUUCAGUUAAUGACCUGGACUGAAGCUCAGAGAUACUGCAGAGAGCAUCACACAGACCUGGCCAGUGUUAGGAAUGAAGCCGAGAACCAGAAGUUAAGAUUAAUGAUUAAUGAUUAUUAUGAUGGUUAUUAUGGUGCUGCAUGGAUCGGCCUGUACAGAACCAGGCUCUGGUCAGACAACAGCAGCUCUUCUUUCAGCUACUGGAAAACAGGACAACCAGAUAAUGCUGGACAGAGUGAACACUGUACAGCUGUCUCAUUCAGAGACUAUUGGAGAUGGAGGGAUGAAGACUGCUAUCAGACUUUUCCUUUUUUCUGCAGUGACACUUCAGGUGAGUAUUAUUUCGUCAAUGAGAGUAGGAGCUGGUUUGAAGCUCAGAGACACUGCAGAGGGAACAACUCUGACCUGGCCACCAUUGAGAACAUGGAGAAAAUGUACAGCUUCUGGUACCUAAUAUAUCAAAGUUAUACCAGUUUGGCCUGGAUUGGACUGUAUGAUGAUCUGAACAGCUGGAGAUGGUCUUAUGAUAAUGAGAGUUUCUACAAGGAGGAGGAGAAAGAUUUCAGAGGGUGGUUCCAACAACCUGAUAACCACAAUGGAAUCGAGCUGUGCGUCUCUAUGUCUCCAACGGGGGAAUGGUUUGAUAAACCUUGUACUGACAGAGAAGGAUUUGUUUGCUAUAAUGGUGAAAAUUUUGUUUGGAUUUCUGAAUUAAAGACCUGGUCAGAAGCUCAAAGUUUCUGCAGAAUGUUUCACACAGAUCUGGCCAGUGUGAGGAACGAGACCGAACUACAGGACAUACUGAGAAUUUCAAACGGGUCCACAGUGUGGAUUGGUCUGUACAGAAAGCGACUGUGGUCUGAUCAGAGCAGCUCCACCUUCACAUACUGGAGACCACAGAUCAUGCCAGAAUCAGCAGAGCCUGAUAAUGGUGAAAAGUCCCCUGGACAGCUUGGUAAUGAACACUGCACAGCUGUGGAUCCCUCUGGAUACUGGAAAGAUGAAAACUGCUUGUCCAGUUUCCCAUUCAUCUGCUACAACACUGCUGCGAUGAGACUGAGAGUGAAAAUCAAAACUGGAACAGAUCUCUCAAAAUCUGAAAUUAAAGGAUUGGUGUUCAUGCAAAUACAGAAUGAAUUGUCCAGAUUGGGAUUUGCCAGUAAUUUCACUGUAAAUGUGAAAAAAUUCCGCAAGACUGGUCCCUGAGCCAAUCAUAUGACAUGUUUGUGCGAUGAGUAAUUGUUAUUAUAUAUGUUAGCAAUUUUAGCAAGCUUUAGAAUUAUUUACUUUUCCUCUGUGUUUCCUACUGUUUUUUUUUUUUUGUAUUUUAUAUUUUUAUAUUUGUUGUGGUUUGUAAACUAUUUCAAAUUUUCUAUAUUUCUGCAUAAAUAUGACCUAAAACAUUGUCAGAUUUUCACACGCCCUAAAAUUAGAUAAAGAAAAAGCAGGUAAACAAAUGAAGAUCAUUUUAAUAAUUAUAAAUAAAUAAUAUUGAAUCAUUUCUUCAAUAAAAAAAUGACCAAGUUUAAUAUUUUUGUCUAAUUCGUUUAACUGGGACUUGGGUGAAAAUAUGAUGAUGUUUUAGGUCAUAAUUAUGCAGAAAAUAUAGAAAAUUAAAAAUUCAACAUACACAUAAUUAAAGCAAACAGGCUGCACUUAUCUAUCGUCCAGUAUGCUUAAGCAAAGGAUCUAAUACUUUUGUGAAUAAAAUAUAAAAAAAAUCCAAUUAAUUUUCUUAUUAAAAUUAAUCUUUUGUCACCUUGGUGAUAAAGUGUAAUUUGUUUCAUGGAAAAUACAGUUAUAUUGAUUUAAAUUCCAUCAAACAAUGAAAUGUGCAACCGGUAAAGGUUUCUGAAUCCACUGUAAACAUCUGAUGCAGACAAUUUUUGCAUAUUUGUUUUAUUUGUUUUAUUUGUCAUAUUUGUGUUAUUAUUUUUAUAUUUAUAAAAUCACACCUCUGAUUGAAUCAUGAAGUACUUUAUUAGAAUUUUUUUUAAUUCUGCACCUUUUAAAUUGUAAAAAAAUCUUUUUUGAUCAAUAUAAAAUUAAUAUACAUUUAUGACUGAUCUAUAACUCUAGACUUACUUGUUUCUAAUU